CUUCCUGGAUUAUGGUAGGGAGUUUGAGUUGUCUUCAGGAUAUUACGUUUUGGUUUGAACCACAGUCCAACUGGAGAGACCAAGGCUGUGUGAGGGGCACAUACACUGGGUAGAGGACAUGAGCGGGAGGCAGGUGUGUAGCUAAAUCAGCGGUACAGGAAUGAACGUCAACUCAGCCAUGGCACCGCUAUCUCCAGGACUAAACCCCAUCAACACCCCACCGAUGACAGCUCCAUCUCCAAGAUCUUCAAGGCUGAGUCUCACCACCACCCCACCGAUGGCAGCGAUAUUUCCAAGACUGAGCCUCACCUCUACCCCAGUGAUGGCUACCUCGUCUACAGUGAAGAGUGGCUCUCCAUCCUUUGCUUCAUUGUCUCCUGGACUGUUCUCCCCCUGUCUGUCCUCUCUGAGCGCAGAGAGAAGGACCUCCUCCCCUUUCAGCAGGUCCUCUAGCAGGUCUCCCACCCCGUCCAUCAUGACGUCCCCAAAGCUGUGGCAGAAAACCUCCAUCUCCAGACUGGCAGAGGAGUUCUUCUGGAUUGGUGGAAGCGUCGUAGCACAGCCCAAAUGGAGACUGGGUCAAUAUGUGGAGAGGUGUAUGUGCACCAUGCAGACUGGCACCCAGAUGACCAAACUGAAAGGGAAGAAGAAGGGCCUGGUCAGGUUCUUCUACCUGGAUGAACACAAGUCCUGCAUCCGCUGGAGGCCCUCCAGGAAGCACGAUAAAGCUAAAAUAACCAUCGACUCCAUCCACGAGGUGUGUGAGGGCAAGAAGUCUGAGAUCUUCCAGCGCUACGCAGACAGUUGCUUCGACCCCAACUGCUGCUUCAGUAUUUACCAUGGCGACCACGUGGAGUCUCUUGACCUGGUCUCCACUAACGGAGACGAGGCCCGUACCUGGAUUACUGGCCUGAAAUACCUCAUGGCUGGCAUCAGUGACGAGGACAGUCUGGCAAAGAGACAACGCAAAAGGGACCAAUGGUUACAGCAGACCUUCUCAGAGGCAGACAAAAACGGGGAUGGCAAUUUGAGCCUGGGCGAGGUUCUUCAGUUACUCCACAAACUCAACGUGAACCUGCCCAGGCAGAAAGUCAGGGAGAUGUUUAAGAAAGCAGACACAGAUGACAACCAGGGUUCGUUAGCUUUUGAAGAAUUCUGUACCUUCUAUAAGAUGAUGUCUACACGCAGAGGCCUCUAUCUCAUCAUGCUCUCCUACAGUAAUAACAAAGAGUUCAUGGACCUAAAUGACCUGGUCCGUUUCAUGGAAAAUGAACAGAAGAUGGCGGGUGUAACCAGAGAAUAUUGUCUGGAGAUAGUGAGCCAGUUUGAGCCAUGUUCUCAAAACCUACAGAAUAUGGUUCUGGGUAUCGAUGGUUUCACCAAUUACAUGCGAAGUCCAGCAGGAGACAUCUUUAAACCAGACCACCAUCGUGUGCACCAGGACAUGACUCAGCCCCUGUGUAACUACUUCAUAGCCUCGUCCCACAACACCUACCUGACAGGGGACCAGCUUCUGUCUGAGUCCAGGGUAGACAUGUACGCCUAUGUGCUCCAGGCUGGCUGUCGCUGUGUGGAAGUGGACUGCUGGGAUGGACCAGACGGGGAGCCUAUCGUCCAUCAUGGCUACACCCUGACAUCCAAGAUCCUCUUCAAAGACGUCAUUGAAACCGUUAACAAAUAUGCCUUCACAAAGAAUCAGUACCCGGUGAUCCUAUCCAUAGAGAACCAUUGCACAGUGCCCCAGCAGAAGAAGAUGGCUGAGUAUCUGUUGGAGGUGCUCCAGGAUAAGGUGGACCUGUCCACGGUCAACAUGAAUGAAUUCAGAAAGUUGCCCUCCCCAGAGCUCCUGAAAGGGAAAGUUCUAGUCAAGGGAAAGAAGCUUCCAGCGAACAUUGAUGGUGAUGCAGAGGAGGGGGAUGUGUCGGAUGAAGACAGUGAGGAAGAGGAGGAUGAAGAUGACACCCAGAUAAACACAGAUGUAAGGACAUUACUACAGUUUAGCAGGAAAAAGAAGAAGAAAAAGAAGCUAAUGCUCAAUUUAGACCAUGCAGACCAAGAGAACCCCAUCAUGAGAGACAAAACACAAAUUGUGUACCACAACAACUCUGGCCCUCCCCCAUUCACCCUCAGGAAAGGGAAGACGAUGAGGUUAUCCCGAGCCCUGUCUGACCUCGUCAAGUACACCAAGUCUGUCCGGGUCCAUGACAUUGAAACACAAGGUGGGGAUUGGCAAGUGUCUUCCCUCAAUGAAAGCAUUGUGAACCAGAUCAUGGCUCUGAAGCCAGCUCAGUUGGUGCGAUUAAACCAGAGACAGCUACUGCGUGUUUACCCCUCCAACUACCGUGUGGACUCUAGCAACUUCAACCCACAGCCCUUUUGGAACGCAGGAUGCCAUAUGGUUGCACUGAAUUACCAGACAGAGGGCCGCAUGCUUGAACUGAACAGAGCCAAGUUCUCAACCAAUGGCAACUGUGGAUACUUACUGAAGCCCAGGUGCAUGAACAAAGGUUUCUUUAACCCUACGCUGGAGGACCCUCUGCCAGGACAGAGUAAGACUCAAUUGGUGCUGAAGAUUAUCAGUGGGCAGCAGCUUCCAAAACCCAAAGACUCAAUGCUGGGGGAUAGAGGGGAGAUUAUUGAUCCUUUUGUAGAGGUGGAGAUCAUCGGUCUGCCUAUUGAUUGCUGUAAGCAGCAGACAAGGGUGGUGGAUGACAAUGGCUUCAAUCCCAUGUGGGAGGAGAGCUUGGUCUUCACCCUCCACAUGACCCAGAUUGCACUGGUGCGUUUCCAGGUGUGGGACCAUGAUCCGAUAGGACAAAACUUCAUUGGACAGAGGACCAUAGCAUUCGUCAGCAUGAUGCCAGGUUAUCGCCAUGUCUAUCUUGAGGGCAUGGAGGAGGCCUCCAUCUUUGUUCAUGUUGCUGUAAAUGACAUCACAGGAAAGGUUAAGCCAAGUAAUGCUGUGAAGGGUUUUUUGAAAAAAGCCACGAAGAAAGGGUCGGCCAAGGAGCCAAAGGCGGUCUCCAUGCACCUCUCCACUUACUCAUCAGAGGACGUCCGUCAGCGGUACCGCAAGGACCUGGACUCCUACUCCCAGGAGAGCAGCGGGAACGGCAGCAUGUUACUGACGCCUGCGGUCAUAGACUACCUCCAUAGAGGGACUCAGAGUGAACCACUGAAGCGAGCUCACACGGUGCAAAUUCUGGAGGAGGAAAUCCAGGGUGCUUCUCCGAAGGAGGAGAAAAAGAAGGAGGGGAAAAGGAAGGGCAUCCUUGUCCGCAUGUCCUCCACCUUCUCCAACUCUGGGGCGUCCAUCCCGUGCAUCACAGCAACAAGCCCAGAUCUGGAGGACGUGUUUCAGUCGUCUCAGCCACAGAGUCCAGAACCAGAGAGCCAAACGCAGUCGUUUCAGGCAGCCUGGCCAGAUCUGGAAGACCAGGUUCAGUCUUUCCAUGCACACUGGCCGGGCCAGGACAACUCGGGUCGGUCAUUUGAGCCAGACCCACCUGAGAUUGAGGACAUAGCAGGAGAACCACUGACAAAGCUUAACAGUAAGCCUGCACUCCAAACUGUAUCAGAACAUCUGAAUCAGCCCCAACCCCAGCUCCAUCCGCAGCCCCAGUCCCUACCCCAGGCCCAGCCCCAGUCUCAUCCUGAGGUCAUUCUCCGGAACCGACACCCACCAUCCUCCCCUGUCAGAGUUAGACGGACCCUGGAGACCCCAGCCAGCCAACGCCCCUCCGAUACAUCACGAACAAAGGCCCGCUCUCGCAGUGUUCCACGAAAGCAGCAUACCUCCCCCAUCACCCCGGUAGUUAACCGCAGGGCUGCUGUGCACUGGCAGCCUCAGACUCCUUCCCCUCCCCCCCAGAACCAUUGCCGCUAUGGCCACCAGCCUAUACCCAACGGCCUCUACCUGUCUGACAGUGACUCCAGCAGUGGUGGCAGUAUAGACAGUCUACGUCUGGAGCUCAUGCCCUCGCGCGUGCCAGUCAGUGGGCAGAGGGAAGUGGGCACCCUGCAGAGAGAGAUGAAUGCCCUCUUUGACCAAAAGAUGAAGGAGAUUCGCUGUAAAUCGCCACUCUUUUUUUACGAUUACUCUACGCUAUAGUAACCAGACGCUUACAAGGACCACAGCAGUGAGCAGCCAAUUGGAAUAAGCACGGGAGUAGGAAAUACACUUGUAAACAUAUAGCGUUACCUUGUAUGUAUCUAGAUGUAUGUACAAAUGUCAUCACAUUUUGAGACCGAACAAGUUUUAUGUGUAUAAGGUAAUCACUUACUUUUUAUGUGGAUAGUGUAAUUUUUGCAUCACGAUGCAUCUUUUGUUAAUACAACUGAAUACCAAAGUGAAUCGUUCUGAACGGAACAGAAUGGAACAUG